CAAGGAGAGCAAGCCAAGUACCUAAUAGACGUCAGGUUAAUAUUCUGUUCCUUGAAUUAUUGCUCGGGUGGACUCUCUGCGUCAUACUGUUGGCCCCCUCCCUUCUGCUCCCUCAUCAGGCUCGGACUUGGGCUUCAUCUGCAUUCCCUUUGCAUUUGUUCCUGACUGAGUGACGUGACUUCAUAGGUCAUGAAUCCGAUCCCCGCUAAGUAACUGUGAACUAUCAGAACCAGGUGCCAGUAGAAUCAAAUCACCAUGGCAUCACAGCCAAUGUCUCUACGAGACCGUCAGGUCGCUUCCAUCCAAAAGAUCCUCAACUUGAACCAUGAUCCGCAGCCCACAGAAGACGCCCACCAUGAGGCCUCCGCGCAGGGCCUCAUCUCCACCCCGAUCUUGAACGAAGAUGGCGAUCCAAUCUGGAAGGUUUUGGUCUUUGAUAACAUGGGGAGGGAUGUUAUUAGCAGCGUGCUUCGUGUGAAUGAUCUCAGAGCUUGGGGGGUUACCAUCCAUCUGAGUCUGAACUCUACCCGAUACCCUAUUCCAGAUGUCCCCGUUGUCUAUCUCGUCGAACCUACCCCUACCAACAUUCAAGCGAUCACGAAUGAUCUCGCACGCGGCCUCUACUCCCCCGCCUACGUCAACUUCUUAUCCUCCGUCCCUCGGCCACUGCUCGAGGACUUUGCUUCCCAGAUCGCGACAACAGGAGCAUCGGAACACGUCGCACAGGUCUACGAUCAAUACCUGAAUUUCAUCGUCGCGGAACCAGAUCUUUUUAGUCUAGGGUUAGGAAAUGAUGCCUACUGGAGGAUCAACAGCGCACAAACAAGCGACGACGAUCUCGAUGCGAUUGUUGAUAAAAUUGUGAGCGGAUUAUUCAGUGUCAGCGUAACAAUGGGCGCCAUUCCCAUUAUCAGAUGUCCGAAGGGUGGUGCGGCGGAACUGAUAGCGACGAAACUCGACCGUAAACUGCGCGAUCACAUUCUCAACUCCAAGGAUAAUCUAUUCUCAGGCAACAGGAAAUCCGCCCCUGGUGUUCCUUCGUCACGACCCGUCCUGGUAAUUGUCGACCGAAACGUUGAUUUAGUUCCCAUGUUGUCACACUCUUGGACAUAUCAAUCUCUUGUGCAAGAUGUUCUUCAGAUGCGCCUUAACCGAAUCACGAUCGAGACUCCCAUCGAGGAGUCGAAUCCUGCCAAGAGUGUGUCUAAAAAAGCAUACGAUCUCGGUAGCAACGACUUCUUCUGGAAACGCAACGCUGGUGCCCCAUUUCCACAGGUAGCGGAGGAUAUCGAUGCUGAGUUAACGCGGUAUAAAGAAGAUGCCAAUGAAAUCACAAAGAAGACAGGUGCCUCCUCAAUCGAAGACCUCCAAAAUGACACCAGUGCAUCCGCGCAGCAUCUCAAGGCCGCCAUUACUCUACUUCCCGAGUUGCGGGAGCGCAAGUCGAUCCUCGAUAUGCACAUGAAUAUCGCCACCGCGCUCCUCAAGGGUAUCAAGGACCGUCAACUGGAUAACUUCUUUGAGCUAGAGGAGAAUAUUACCAAACAGUCUAAAACCCAGAUCAUGGAACUGAUCAACGACUCCGCAAAGGGCACUAAUCCAACCGACAAGCUCCGACUCUUCCUCAUCUGGUUUCUGAGCACCGAAUCCGAACUGUCCCGCACAGACAUCAGUCAAUUCGAAGAAGCUCUUACUCGCAUGGGAGUGCAAGACGUCAGCCCCCUCGCGUACGUCAAACAGGUCCGCGAAAUCACUCGCAUGACGAUGAUGACCACCGCCGCACCGCAACAACAGUCCUCCGAUCUCUUCCGCGGGUUCUCAUCCAUUUCCAACCGCCUCACAGACCGCAUCACCUCCGGGACCCUAGGCGCCAACUUCGACUCCUUAAUCUCGGGAGUGAAAAACUUCCUCCCGGUCAACAAAGACCUCACCCUCACCAAAAUCACCGAAUCCAUCAUGGACCCGGCCUCUGCCUCCAGUUCCGCCAUCGCCAAAACCGAAAACUAUCUCUACUUUGACCCUCGCAGCGCCAACGCCCGCGGCGCUAUGCCCCCGGCGUCUGCGUCCCGCAACGCCCAAACCGGAGGAACUAUUGGUCCCGGAACAGGAGCUAGCUUCGGCCAGCGGCGUCAGGCCUUCAACGAGGCAAUCGUCUUCACAGUGGGUGGUGGAAGCAUGGACGAAUACGGCAACUUACAAGACUGGGUGCAUCGCACCAGUGGGCAAGCCGGACAUGAGGGAGCGGGUUCUCGCGCGGGAGCCGAGUCGUCUCUCGGCGGCCCCAGACGGAGAGUCGUCUACGGCAGUACGGACUUGAUGAAUGCUAAUGAGUUCCUUGCCGAGUCAUUGGCGAAGUUGGGACGGGAAGGCUAGCUUCGCACUCAUUUUAGUCUUUGUUUGCUGUGAGUGUGGAUGAUUGGAGUUGUGGCAUGGAGAAGAUCAGAUAAUUUUGUAUCUCCGGUGACACUGCAGUAUAAUUAAUGCAUACUAUACUUGUUAUGGAAAUAAUCAUAAAUUUGUUUGCUUUUUUUUUAAAAAAAAAAAAAGAAAGGAAAGAAAAAAUAAAGAAAAAAU